AUGGAAGAUGAACAUCAAACAAGUUAUCCCAUUUUAUCACAACUAGUAUAUAAAUAUCUUUCAAUCUCUGCUAUGUCAGUUUCUAGUGAACUAUUGUUUUCUGAUGUUGAAAAUAAUAUUUUAGCAAAAAGAACUCGAUUAACUCCUGAUUUAGUUAAUCACAUUUUAUUUUUAAAACAGAAUACUAUAUACUUUCCUAUGUUUUCACCUUUGGAGAAUGAUGAAUAA